CCAAAUAAUUGCCUAAUUGAUGACUUGCUCAUGAAACAUGACUAGUAAUAAUAAGCUUACCAAAGAUCCGUCUUUUCUAAGCAAGAAAGGUAAACGAGGACGAGGUUAUUACGCUGAAUUGCCAACAAAUUUAAAUUACGUUGAUCCGCUUAAGAAAGUAGUUCCGGGGGUUAACAGAAAAACAUGUUUGAUAUGGCAAGUCAAAACGGAGCGGUAUGCUCCAGUUUUAGUGGAAAUGGCGCAGCCGCAAAAAAAAGUUGAAUUAGCACCAGCACAAAGGUGGACAGCGUUCGAUGAGGAGAAAGAUAUAGUCUUCCCAGUAGAUACAUUUAAGCCAAAAGUACAACACCAGCAUGAAGUUAAUCCUAGAACACUACCUAGAAACGUUGCUAUCGAAAGGCGAAGAAGACAAUAUCAGGGUGAAGAUAUUGCAUCGCGAUUGGAACGGAUGAAUAUACGGCCUAGAGACCUCUUGCCUAUUCCUGUGUUGUUUGAAGAAAUUACUUCUAAUAUUGAGAGAUAUGGAUUACAAUCAUGGAUCCCAUUUCUUCCAUUAGAAAUUUUUGAUGAUGAAGACUAUGAUAUUAGAUCACCGGAAAACUGGAUAGAACAUGGAAUAAUCGAAGGCAUUCGACAUCCUUUACCUGCUACAGCAUUUUUACCCAACAUCAACGUCACUAAAGGAAACCGAUCUAGUUAUACCUUAGAUGAAAUCUAUCACUGGAUAAAUGUCGCCGCCCUAGAUUACAUACCCGAGACUAAGCUCUGGAAAGUAAUGACGUUAGACGGAUUGAAAAGAUUGUUUUUCUUACCCAAGUUAUUCUUGAUGAUGAAAGCAGAGGAUCCAGUUAACUUCGGAAAUCGAAUAAUAGCUGCUCUCAACCUGAGAAGAUCUUCUGAAGAGUGCAUAAGAAGCGAAUUUUUUAUGGACUGUAUGAGUCUAACUGGCACACCGACAAUGUCUGACGAGAUGUUUGAAACGAUACUUGCCCCUAUAAGAAAUACGAAAGUUGGAAAACUGAUGAAGUAUUCUGAUUAUUUUGAAAAGCUUAAGCACGAAAUUUUGUUAAACCAUCAAAGGACCAUCGGCGAAUUAGAAUUUAAAAGAAUACAAGCCAAGACAGAUUUUAAUAUACUUUCUCUACAGAAGGCACCGCCAGCUCCCGUAGCGAAAAAAAAAGUUGACACCGGUAUAACUACUGAUGAAUUUGAAAAGAAAAAGAAAUAUUUCGCUUGGUAUAACAUUUACGUGAUUCCCGAAACGUAUCUGGCGAUGUCGUACGUUGUUGGAGAAUGUUUAAAAGUUGGUCAAUUAUCGCUAUUUACAGCCAGUUAUGGAGCGAAAUAUGUUACUCUUGAGGAAUUUAAUACCAUUCAGACGCAAACUUCCACGAUAAUCCUAAAGCAGUUGAGAACAAGCCACUUGGAAACGUUGGUAUUUAAUAUCAGAAUGUGUAUUGGCGAUUUGGGCAAAGGCUGGUUCGAUAUUAACGAGAGAUUAUUUGAAAUUUACGAAAUAUCGAAACUUAAAAGGCUUAUGGAGCUUGUGAAACAUCGAAUGCAGCACACACUUAGACUACUGGUAGAAAAUACUUUGCAAGUUUUUAUAAAUUUGGUCGAAACGCCUUGCCUACCUUGCCUUUCGGUUGAAGAAGGUUUUGCUUGGGGUGAAGACCUAAUCAACAGCCCAUUCAUAUCAGCAGUUGCGCCAAUUUUUAGUUUGCAACUAAAAAUGGAUGAAACUGGCGCAUUUUAUAGCACAACACCGGAAACGUUUGCGACGGUUUUACUUAAAUUAUUUGACGAAGCACUCAGGCAGACGCACCAAAUCAGGCAGGUGCAUCCAUUACUUUUAACAAAUCUAAGGUUUCCUGCGGACCUUUACUUAUCGUCAGUAGGGCUGUUGGCCGAUGAAGUUUGUAGAAUUCGAGACAGAUUUUUAUUGGCAUAUGAAAAAGCGAUAAUUCCAUUAAAAGCUUAUGCCAAGGAGUUUGACGUGCAUGUUAACUUAUAUACCUUGAACAUAUCGGAUUAUAUCAAGAGUUAUGAAAUCGAUCAAAAAACCGCAGCCGAAGUCAAAGAAGAUAUAUCGCAGCAUUUCCGUCUCAAAAGAAGUCUCGAAGAAACAUUGCCAAAUUUAAUUUAUAUAGGCCCCUUUUAUGUCCAAAUUGAACACUUGAGAAUGUUUUUAAUAAAUAAGCGACAAGAAAUCAUAAACAAGAUGCUGGAUCUGUUUUGUGGAAGGAUGAAAAUAUCCAUCGAGGAUCUCCUACAGGAGUAUAAAAACAUAAUGAUUAAACUGGCAAUCAAACCAGAAAAUAUCGAACAUAUUUUCGAAAUAAGAGAUUGGAUGGAGACUAUUCCCAUGUCUGUUAAAUCAUUGGACGAAACCUGUAAACGAUAUGUUUUGGAGUAUGAAGUUCUUGAUCAUUUCUGGUACGCGUUGCCUAAUGAGGACUUCGAAAAUAAGUGGGAGGCAAUUGGGUGGCCCUUACGGAUUUAUAAGCAAGUAGAGGAAUCUGAAAAGUUUCUUAAAGAUGAGGAGGAUAAAUUUUUCAAACUUCAGCUUAAUGACGAGUUCACUCUUAAUGAUCGGAUAGAGACUUUAACAACUCAGGUUGUCAAUAUGUCUGGUUACAGGGAUAUAGAAAAGACUCAAGAAUAUGCCUUGGAAAUUAGAAAAGUUUGGAAAGCCAUGAAGGAGGCUCAAGAGUUUGGUCAACUUUUAAACCAGAGACAAAAGUUGUUUGGUGCCCCUGUUGUACCUUUUGAUACCCUUACAAGACUCAUUAAGGAAUUUGAACCACAUAAAAAUCUAUGGACCACUGCGUCUGAUUGGGAACGUUCACAUGAGAUGUGGAUGGAUAAUCCAAUACUAAAUAUUGAUGCAGAUGCGAUUGAGGGAACCGUUACUGAUAUAUACAAAAUGAUGGUGCGUUUGGCAAGGGUUUUUGCAGAUAUAGAAGCUGUACAGAAUGUGGCCAUUACAGUUCGAAAUCAAAUUGACGAGUUUAAGCCACUGAUUCCUCUGCUUCAGUGUAUUCGAAAUCCUGGAAUGAGAGCCAGACAUUGGGAGAAACUUGAGGAAGAAACAGGGAUUGAUUUUUCAUGGGGUGCCACAACUACGUUCAAGGAAUUGCUGAAUUUAGGAGUAGAAAACUUCGCUGAACAAAUAAAAACGGUAGCGGAAAUGUGUAGCAAAGAAUACACAAUUGAACAGACGCUAGAUAAAAUGAUGGCCGAGUGGGCUGAAAAUAAACUGGAUAUUCAAUCCUAUAAAAAUACAGGCACGUAUAUUAUGAAAAUAUCCGAAGAGCAGCAACAAAUGUUGGACGACCACAUCGUUUUGACUCAACAAAUAUCGUUCAGUCCAUUUAAGGGGCCGUUUGAGGAAAAGAUUGACCAAUGGGAAGAUAAAUUGAAGACUACGUCUGAGGUUAUUGAAGAAUGGAUGGAUGUUCAAAAGCAAUGGAUGUAUUUGGAGCCAAUAUUCACAAGCGAUGAUAUAACGAAACAACUACCAGUUGAAAGCAAAAAGUAUAAAUCUAUGGAACGUUCAUGGAGAAGAAUAAUGCGCAAUGCCCUAGACCUUCCCAAUAUUAUAGAAUAUUGUGGUGAUCGAAGGCUGUUAGAAAGUCUAAAAGAUGCCAAUCAUAUUCUACAAGUGGUUCAGAAGGGAUUGUCUGAAUAUUUGGAAACUAAAAGAACGACGUUUCCACGGCUUUACUUCCUCAGUGACGAUGAACUGUUGGAGAUUUUAUCGCAGGCAAGGAAUCCAUUGGCUGUGCAGCCUCAUUUAAGAAAAUGUUUCGAAAAUAUUGCAAGGCUUACCUUUGAAGAUGACCUACGAAUCACUCAAAUGUUCUCUGCAGAAGAAGAAUGCGUUGACCUGGAACCUCCACUAUAUCCAACUGGAAACGUUGAACAUUGGUUACUAAUCGUAGAAGGAACCAUGAAAAAUACCAUUAGGGUUACCUUAGGUAAUUCAUUGAAAGAUUUGGAUGAAAAGGAGAGAAAAGAUUGGGUUCUUUGUUGGCCCGGUCAAGUAGUCAUCGCGUGUUGUCAAACUUUCUGGACUGCUGGUGUCGAAAAUGGAAUUCAAGAGAAUAAACUCGCUUGGUUCCUGGACGAAGUGGUUAUUGUUAAUUUAGAUGCUUUAAGAGGAUUAGUGAAAGGUUCACUAUCUUUCCUUCAACGAGAGAUUCUUUCUGCUCUCAUAGUCAUCGAGGUUCAUGCUAGAGAUGUUACGCAAAAUUUGGUGGACUUAAAUAUAACCAGCUGCAACGAUUUUGAUUGGAUAAGUCAGUUAAGAUACUAUUGGGUGGAACAACAAAUGAAAGUUCGAGCAGUAAAUGCUGAAUUCAACUAUGGCUACGAGUACUUAGGCAACAGUGGCAGAUUGGUGAUUACGCCUUUAACGGAUAGAUGUUAUUUAACGUUAACUGGGGCUCUUCAUUUGAAAUUUGGCGGUGCACCAGCUGGACCAGCAGGCACAGGAAAAACGGAAACAACAAAAGACUUGGCAAAAGCUUUUGCAAUUCAAUGUGUCGUAUUCAACUGCUCCGAUCAGUUAGAUUUUAUGGCAAUGGGUAAAUUUUUCAAAGGGCUCGCUAGCUCGGGAGCAUGGGCCUGCUUUGACGAAUUCAAUCGAAUUGAUAUUGAGGUAUUAUCAGUGGUAGCCCAACAAAUUACUACAAUACAAAAAGCGCAACAGGCCAGAUUGGAUAGAUUUUUAUUUGAGGGCAGUGAAAUUGUUUUAAAAGAAUCAUGUGCGGUGUUUAUAACAAUGAAUCCAGGUUAUGCUGGCAGAACGGAAUUACCUGACAAUCUAAAAGCUUUGUUCAGACCUGUGUCUAUGAUGGUUCCAAAUUACAGCCUAAUCGCUGAAAUUUCCUUAUUUUCCUUUGGUUUCGGUAAUGCAAAACAAUUAGCGAACAAAAUUACUACUACGUUUAAAUUAAGUUCUGAACAAUUAAGCUCUCAGGAUCACUAUGAUUUUGGCAUGCGUGCUGUCAAAACCGUAAUAUCAGUAGCAGGCAAUCUUAAACGGGAAAAUCCGACAAUGGAUGAAAGGCAAAUUUGCUUGAGAGCUUUGCGGGAUGUAAACGUACCCAAGUUCCUGAAGGACGAUUUGAAAUUGUUUAACGGAAUAGUAUCGGAUUUAUUUCCUAGGAUGGUGGAAGAGGCGGUUGAUUAUGGUGCCUUGGAAUUAUCUAUCCGAAAUUCCUGUAUUAAGUCGGGAUUACAAGAUGUUGAUGAAUAUGUUAAAAAAGUCAUUCAGCUGUACGAAACUACUGUGGUAAGGCAUGGGUUAAUGUUAGUGGGACCUACAGGUUCCGGAAAAACUAAGUGCUACGAGACCUUAAAACUGGCCAUGACCGCCCUAAAAGGGCAACCUCAGCCUAGCGGAUAUCCCUUUGAAGCAGUGCAAACUUACGUACUUAACCCUAAAUCUAUUACUAUGGGACAACUGUAUGGCGAAUUUGAUUUACAAACUCACGAAUGGACAGAUGGUAUAUUGCCCUCGCUUGUGCGCGUAGGUAUAAAUGCCCCAAAUAAGGAUAAACGAUGGUACGUCUUCGAUGGACCUGUUGACGCUGUUUGGAUAGAAAAUAUGAACACUGUGCUAGAUGAUAAUAAAAAACUAUGUCUUAGCUCUGGUGAAAUUAUUAAAUUAAGAGAUACUAUGACUAUGAUGUUUGAGGUUGCCGAUUUGGCUGUAGCAUCUCCAGCUACUGUAUCUAGAUGUGGCAUGGUGUAUCUUGAACCAGGAAUUUUAGGUUUAUACCCGUUUAUUAACUGUUGGCUCAAGCGAUUACCUCAACUUGCAAAGCCCUAUAGUGAAAAGCUCUUUGAGCUUUUUGAACAUUAUGCCUUACCGGCGAUAGACCUGGUGCGAGGUAAACUGAAGGAAAUAUUGACAUCGGUAGAUUCGGCACUGUUGAUGUCCUUUUUGCGCCUUAUGGACUACAGAUUGUUGCCUUUGUCUGGAAAAGAUAACAGGCCUCCGCCCCCAUCCCAAUUCUUGGCCCUUAUACCGGAUCUAUUGGUACCCUGGGUGAUAUUUAAUACAAUAUGGAGCAUUGGAGCCACCUGUGAUAACGACAGCAGACAAAUGUUUGAUCAGUUUAUACGGAAAAAAAUGGCCGAGGCUGAUCAUACCCCAUUAUUUCCGGAAGAAAGUAUUUGCUAUGAUUUUAAUUUACACGACGGUGGAUUCACUGACCCAACUGCAGACGGAGAUCCGGCUCCCGCGACAUGGCGCAGCUGGAUGGAAAACAUUCCGGAAUAUAAAAUAACAGUCGACAUGAAAUAUUCUGAUAUCGAAAUUCCAACAAUAGAUAACGUAAGAAACGCAGAACUUCUCGGUAAUUUGCUUGUUAAUGAGGACAACGUCCUUUGCGUUGGACCAACGGGUACUGGAAAAACGUUGACCGUAAUCGGAAAACUUAGUAAGAACAUGCAUAAGAAGUUUAUCUGCGAUUUUGUAAGCUUUUCGGCUCGAACCACCGCCAAUCAAACCCAAGAUCUAAUUGAUGGAAAAUUAGAUAGACGACGAAAAGGCGUAUUUGGGCCCCCUGUCUUAAAAAGGCAGGUAUUUUUUGUUGACGAUUUUAAUAUGCCCGCAUUAGAAGUAUACGGUGCACAACCACCGAUAGAACUUAUAAGGCAAUGGAUGGAUUUCGGAGGUUGGUACGAUCGAAAGAAUAUUGGAGAUUUCCGUACCAUUAUCGAUGUAAACUUUGUUGCUGCAAUGGGUCCGCCUGGCGGAGGACGAAACCCGGUUACAGCCAGACUUUUAAGGCAUUUUCAUUAUUUGGCGUUUAUAGAAAUGGAAGAUAGCAGUAAGCGUAAAAUAUUUGGCACAAUAUUAAAGUUCUGGUUAGGAAGGGCGAAUGAUUUAGAAGAAUAUCACGAUUCAAUUCUCGAGUCAACCCUCAUUAUGUAUGGGAAAAUCCUAAAAGAGUUACUCCCGACCCCCGCAAAGACUCAUUAUACGUUUAAUUUGAGAGACUUAAGUAAAGUUUUUCAAGGCAUAUUGAUGUUUGAACCUGCGAAUUUAAAAUGUAUCGAAGACAUUCUUCGAUUAUGGUACCACGAAUGCUGUCGAGUCUUCCAAGACCGAUUGGUAAACGAUGAGGAUCGCUCAUGGUUUGGUGAUCUUCUCAAACAACAAAUAUCGACUUUUUAUCAAAUCGACCCAGAUGAAGCACUCGGUCCUCAACCUAUUCUGUUUGGCGAUUUCAUCGAUCCUCAAGUAGAUAUUGGACCGUAUGCUCAGUUUACCGAUUUUCCGAGAUUAGAAGAAUCACUUGGUUACUAUUUGUUCGAGUAUAAUCAACAAAGUACCAAACCCAUGAAGUUAGUUCUUUUCCUGGAUGCUAUAUCGCAUGUUUGCCGAAUUGCACGUAUUAUUAGACAACCGUUGGGAAACGCUUUGUUAUUGGGGAUGGGUGGAUCAGGACGACAAAGCUUAACAAGACUUUCUGCGUUUAUGGCCGAGUUUACUUGUUUCCAAAUAGAAUUAACUAAAUCAUAUGGUAACUAUGACUGGAGGGAGGACGUUAAGAAACUUAUGCUAAAUGCUGGUUUGCAAAGACGAGAAACUGUGUUCCUCUUUUCUGAUACACAGAUAAAAUCAGAGUCCUUUUUGGAAGAUCUGAAUAAUAUUUUAAACUCUGGUGAUGUGCCAAACAUUUAUGCACCUGACGAGUUGGACAAAAUCUACCAGGGUAUGAAGGGAACUGUUCAAGAACUCGGCUUACCAUCGACAAAGUCAAUACUUUUUUCAGUAUAUCAGAAACAAGUAAGAUCUAAUUUGCAUAGUGUAAUUACAAUGAGCCCUAUAGGAGAAAUAUUUAGAGCUAGAUUAAGACAAUUUCCAGCAUUGGUCAACUGUUGUACUAUUGAUUGGUUUAGUCCUUGGCCAGAUACAGCCCUACAGUCUGUUGCCCUACAAUUUCUCAAAGACGUUGAAGAUUUGAACGUUUCCGAAAAAAUUCUACAAGGGAUCGUGCAGGUGUUUCAGUAUAUGCACGCCAGCGUGGUUGAAGCAAGCGAUCGCUUCUUGCAAGAACUUUCUAGGCAUAAUUACGUCACACCUACGUCUUAUUUAGAGCUACUGUCUAGUUACACUGAACUGAUCAACAAGAAGAAGGGAUCUCUAACGGAAGGAGUGGGAAGAUUAAGAUUAGGUUUAUCAAAACUGCAAAGUACUUCAGAAGAGGUUAAAAUAUUACAAGUUCAACUAAAAGAAAUGAAACCGGCUCUAGAAGUUGCUGCCAGGGAUGCUGAUGAAAUGAUCAAAAUUAUUGCUGCAGAUACUCAAAUUGCUGAAGAGACAAAAGAAAUCGUCGAAAGGGAGGAACAAGAAGCUGUUAAAAAAGCAGCGGAAACCCAAACAAUUGCUGAUGAUGCUCAAAAGGACUUAGAUGAAGCUAUGCCGGCUUUACUUGCUGCAGAGCAAAGUUUAAAAUCUUUGAAUAAAAAUGACAUCAUUGAAGUACGAUCGAUGAAAAGACCUCCGGCUGGCGUGGUAUAUGUUAUAGAAGCUAUUUGCAUUGUUAAGAAUAUUAAGCCCAAUAAGAUUCCAGGAAUGAGACCUGGAGAAAAGAUCCUGGACUACUGGGAGCCUGGCAGGAAUAUGCUAUCUGAUCCCGGAUUAUUCUUAUCGUCCCUAAUGAACUUUGAUAAAGAUUCAAUUACUGAAGAAAUGAUUGACAAACUGGAAAAGUAUGUGGAUGAUCCCGACUUUACGCCUGCAAAAAUUGCCAAGAUAUCAAAAGCCUGUACAUCUUUGUGCAUGUGGGUACAUGCAAUGUACAAAUAUUACUUCGUUAAUAAAGCCGUCGCUCCCAAGAAAGCCGCUCUUAAAAACGCAAAGGAAGACCUAGAGAAGACAGAAAGAGCUUUGGCCGCUGCUAAGGCAAAAAUGAAAGAAGUAAUGGAUAGAUUGGAGAUACUUCAGACACAACUUAAUGCUAAAAUUGCAUAUAGAGAAGAAAAAGAACAAAGCAUAUCCAUUUGCGAAGAAAGAAUGAACAGGGCUGUUAGGUUAAUCACAGGGUUGGCAGACGAAAGGAUUAGAUGGAAAGAGACAAUCAACAACAUAGAGGCAAACGUGGUUAACGUAACUGGUGACAUUUUAAUAAGCUCGGGCUGUGUAGCUUACAUGACCCCAUUCACAGAUCAGUACAGACGGAAUUUGUUUACUGGCUGGAUUCAACGUAUUGAGGACUUAGAAAUACCAUUUACCAAAAACUCCAAUGUAGUAACCAUUUUGGGUGAACCGGUGCAAAUAAGACUUUGGCAAUUAGAUGGGUUGCCUAGGGAUUAUUUAUCAACAGAAAAUGCUGUUUUGAUAUCGUGCUCGAGGAGAUGGCCGCUGUUUAUUGACCCACAAGGUCAGGCCAAUAAAUGGGUUAAAAAUAUGGGUAAAACUCAAGGUUUAUCCAUAUGCAAGCUUUCAGAUAGAGACCUUAUGCGAACAAUGGAGUCUGCCAUAAGAUUUGGGAAACCAGUUUUGAUAGAAAAUGUAGGGGUUGAAUUGGAUCCAGCACUUGAUCCAAUACUUAUGAGACAAACCUAUAACCAAAGUGGAACUAUCGUUAUUAAACUGGGAGAUGUGGUGGUCCCAUACGAUAACAACUUUAAGCUAUUUAUUACCACCAAAUUGCCAAAUCCCCAUUACACCCCCGAGGUAUCGAUUAAAGUCUUACUAGUGAACUUUACGGUUGUCUCAACGGGCUUACAAGAUCAACUAUUAGCUUUGGUCGUAAUGCAAGAACGUCCAGAUUUGGAAGAGCAAAGGAGUCAAAUCGUUGUAAGCGUGGCACAAAUGAAACACGAACUCAAAGAGAUUCAAGACCGAAUUCUGAUGAAAUUGAGUACUUCUGAGGGUUCACCACUUGAUGAUCUUGAUUUUAUCAUCACGUUGGAGGCUUCUAAAGUUAAGAGUGAGGAUAUCAAGAAUAAAGUCGAAUCUGCCGAAAUAACCCAGAUCGACAUCGACAACACCAGAGCCCUCUACAUCCCAGUAGCAAAUAGAUCACAGAUUCUGUUCUUUUGCUUAGCGGACCUUUCAAACGUUGACCCAAUGUAUCAAUACUCAUUGGAAUGGUUUAUUAAUAUUUUUAUUUCUACCAUGGCUGAAUCUGAAAAGAGCGAGGACAUCAAUCAACGAGUAUCGACAAUAAACGACAAUUUUACAUUUAACUUAUUCAGCAAUGUAUGCCGGAGUCUGUUUGAAAAGCACAAAUUGCACUUUGCGUUCCUGAUGAGCAUUCGAAUUUUGAUGGAUAUGAAUAAAAUCGAUCCACAGGAAUGGCAGCAUUUUCUUGCUGGAGGAUCGCCAUUAAGAGAUGCACCAAAUCCAGCACCAAACUGGCUUUCUAGUAAAGCGUGGCAAGAGAUUUUAGCUUUAGAAGUGUUGCCAACUUUUAAGCCGUUUGUAGACACAUUUAGUAAAAAUGUUUUAUAUUAUAAGGAGUUAUUUGAUAGUGCUGAUCCGCACAGAGAGAGUUUACCCUACCCCUUCAACAAACAAUUAGACGACUUCCAGAAAAUGGUGGUUUUGAAAAGUCUCAGACCCGAUAAAGUGACAAACGCGAUGCAAGAUUUUCUCGCCGAAAACCUGGGACAGCAAUUUAUCGAGCCGCAAUCGUCCGACUUGUCCGAAAUGUUUAAAGAGUCCGGUCCUGUUGUGCCGCUGAUUUUUGUCCUGUCCACCGGCACUGAUCCGGCUGCGGAUCUUUACAAAUUUGCCGACCGGAUGCGAAUGGGCAAACGAUUGUUUUCGAUUUCUUUGGGACAAGGUCAGGGACCCAUAGCCGAGAAGAUGAUCAAAGAGGCCAUUGAACAAGGAUCUUGGGUUUUCUUUCAGAACUGCCAUUUGGCUCCUAGUUGGAUGCCAUCUCUGGAACGCAUCAUAGAAACAAUUCCUCCAGAAGUGGUACAUCGAGACUUUCGAGUAUGGCUCACGUCAACCCCCUCGCCGUAUUUCCCCGUAUCUAUAUUGCAAAAUGGUAGCAAAAUGACCGUCGAACCUCCCUCGGGAAUAAAAGCGAAUAUUUUACGAGCCUACAUAAAUCAAGUAUCGGAUUUUGCUGACUUUUUACAGACGGAAUCCCAAAAAUCACACGAUUUUAAAUUUUUGACAUUUUCGCUUUGUCUGUUUCAUGGCAUUUUGCUUGAAAGGCGCAAAUUUGGACCACUGGGUUUUAAUAUACCUUACGAGUUCACCGAUGGAGACUUAAAGAUUUGCUUGUCCCAGUUAUAUAUGUUUUUGAUGGAAUACGAAGACAUUCCAUUUAAGGUAUUAACCUAUACAGCUGGACAGAUAAAUUACGGAGGAAGAGUUACUGAUGACUGGGACAGACGGUGCCUUAUGAAUCAACUGGGUGAUUACUACAAGCCACAGAUACUAAAAGAAGGAUACGUUUUUGAUAAAAACAAAUUUUAUUGUCAGCUUCCUCUCACCGCUUUAUACAUCGACUACAUGGAUUACAUAAAAUCGUUUCCCAUUAAUGACGAUCCCGAAUUGUUUGGACUACACCCGAACGCUGAUAUAACUUUUGCUCAAUCACAAACAUACAAGUGCCUGUCCACGUUAUUGCUUUUGCAACCGAAAACUGUAGGUGGAGCUGCGGCUAGCCAAGAAGAGGUCACUACAAACUUAGCUAGAAAUAUAUUGGAUCAGUUACCGAAAAUGUUUGAUUUGGAAGCAAUAUCGGAACGAUAUCCAGUGCUUUAUGAGGAAUCCCUUAAUACAGUACUCAUACAAGAGGCUAUCAGAUACAACAGACUAUUGGUGGUAAUUAAAGUGUCCCUAAACGAUUUGCUUAAAGCCUUGAAGGGUCUUGUGGUCAUGUCAGAGGCCCUAGAGAAAAUGUCCUUAAGUCUCUUUACUAAUAAAGUACCAGAGAUGUGGGCCAAUAAAGCUUAUCCGUCAUUAAAACCCUUGGGUUCUUGGGUUUCCGACCUGAACGCUCGAUGCGAAUUUUUAAACAAAUGGGUUAUUAAUGGUAUUCCGCCAGUAUUCUGGAUCUCGGGCUUUUAUUUCCCACAAGCUUUCCUGACUGGAACUCUACAGAAUUAUGCCAGAAAAUAUGUAGUUUCCAUUGAUUCUAUUAAUUUUUCAUUUGAGGUAUUGGAUUCUUUUCCCAAAAUCCGCCCCAAGGAUGGUUGUUGUAUUUGGGGAUUGUUCCUGGAAGGAGCUAGAUGGAAUGGAAAUAAGGGAAUAUUGGAUGAAUCGAAUCCUAAAGAACUAUAUACAGAGAUGCCCGUAAUUUGGUUAAAACCUGAAGAGAACCACGUCAGACCUCCAGGUGUUUACGAAUGUCCCGUUUAUAAGACUUUAACGAGAGCAGGAACUUUAUCUACCACGGGACAUUCAACCAAUUAUGUACUCGCAAUUGAGGUUCCAUGUGAGAAACCGGAGCCUCACUGGAUCAAACGUGGCGUUGCAUUGAUAUGCGCUUUGGAUUAUUAGUUUUUAAGGAAUUGAACUGUGAUAAUUAUUUUAUAUUUGAAGAAAAAUAAAAUAUAUUUUAAAUAAUAUAAA